AUGACACGAUUACACGAUAGGCGAAGAUUGGUUUUGCCGCUGACCAACAGGCGGAGAUCUGGUCUGUUGAAUGGACGCCAUACAAUGGAGCCGACUCCUUGCGACGUGACAGGCCUAACGAGCAGACCAACACACCCUGAUAAUUUGGCUGCAAUCCCCUAUUUGCUUUCUCAGCUUGCCAGGAGGAGCAGGUCGCCACCAACCAUCGUGAACUACCUAUCAACGAACCAAGAGGUGCCCGCUAGGGAAGUCAAGCGUAAGCUGUUCGCCGAGGACAGCACAACAGAACUGCAGUAG